GUUGAUUACAAAACUACACGGGUGACACGUCGCCGACUCGCCCAUAAUCAAGGAGGACUUUUCCGGGCGCUGAUCUCUGAAAUUGCUCAGUGAGCACCUCUAAUUAUCCUGAUUUAUUUUGCUGAUAAUCACACACAAUGGAAUCAAAUCAAAAAAACGGGGAUGGAUUAACCGGAACUGUAAAAGAAGCAAGUUUACGUACAUUGAUUCAGCGCACAGGAUAUAGCUUGGUACAGGAAAAUGGGCAGAGGAAAUAUGGAGGUCCCCCUCCAGGCUGGGAAGGCCCACCUCCUGAGAGAGGCUGCGAAAUAUUCAUUGGGAAAAUACCACGGGACCUUUACGAAGAUGAACUUGUACCAGUUUUGGAAAAAAUCGGAAAAAUAUACGAAUUACGGAUGAUGAUGGAUUUUAAUGGCAAUAAUAGAGGAUAUGCUUUCGUUCUGUUCACCAGUAGACAGGAAGCCAAGGACGCAAUUAAACAGCUCAAUAAUUAUGAAAUAAGAAACGGUCGUCUCUUGGGGGUGUGCGCAAGUGUUGACAAUUGCCGCUUGUUCGUUGGUGGGAUUCCAAAAACAAAACAAAGGGACGAAAUUCUGGCCGAAAUGAAGAAGGUUACAGAGGGGGUUGUUGAUGUCAUCGUUUACCCCAGUGCAGCAGACAAAUCCAAAAACAGGGGCUUUGCCUUUGUGGAGUACGAUAGUCAUCGAGCUGCUGCUAUGGCAAGACGAAAAUUGUUACCAGGAAGGAUUCAGUUGUGGGGACAUCCAAUUGCAGUGGAUUGGGCUGAGCCAGAGGUUGAAGUCGACGAAGAAACAAUGUCAUCAGUCAAAAUCUUAUAUGUACGUAACCUUAUGCUUCCAACCAGUGAAGAAGCAAUUGAAAAAGAAUUUAGUAGCAUCAAACCAGGCACAGUAGAAAGAGUAAAAAAAAUCCGAGAUUAUGCAUUUGUUCAUUUUGUAACUCGAGAAGAUGCAAUUAACGCCAUGAACGCAAUGAAUGGAAAGGUAUUGGAUGGUUCGCCAAUUGAAGUCACACUGGCCAAGCCUGUAGAUAAGGACAGUUAUGUGCGUUAUACCCGAGGGACAGGGGGCCGAGGGGCAAUGAUGCAAGGAGAAUAUACCUACACGCUAGGGCAUGUGUAUGAUCCUGCAGCUGCCUACCUUGGUGCUCCUGUUUUCUAUGCACCCCAGGCUUAUGCUGCCAUUCCCAAUCUACGGUUUCCAAAUAAAGGACAUCUUGGUGGGAGGGGAAUGUUCCGGACUCCCUCUGUGAGAGAAAUUUACAUGAAUGUACCUGUAGGGGCUGCAGGAGUUAGAGGGCUAGGAGGACGAGGUUAUUUGGCUUAUACGGGUAUUGGACGUGGUUAUGCAGGUUACCACGUGAAAAUGGACAAAAGGCAAGAGGAGAAACUUUAUGACCUCUUGCCUGGAAUGGAGCUCACGCCAACCAAUCCAGUGACCCUAAAACCGCAAGGAAUAAAGCACCCAUCUCAGGUCUUAGAAGAUAUUUGUCAAAAGAAUAGCUGGGGACAGCCUGUUUACCAGCUCCAUUCUGCAAUUGGACCAGACCAAAGACAACUCUUUGUAUACAAGAUUACCAUUCCUGCUCUUGCCAAUCAAUACACAAACAUCCAACCAUUCACACCACCCAAACUCUGCACAGCUGUGGAAGAAGCCAAAAGUUAUGCUGCGGAACACGUACUUCAGAUUCUUGGUCUCCAGAUAGAGGGCACUGAGCCACCAAAUGCAGCUUUCACAGGCAGACCUCUGUGUAUGCCUGCCUCCUACUUGGCUUCAUCUACUGAUCUCCCAUUCCCAUGUUAUGCUGCAGGAUACGCUUUAUCUGGCCCGGCGUCUGCUCUGGCAGCUACACAGCUGAAACAAGCUGUUGCCUUGGGACAGGACCUGGCUACAUACACAACUUACGAUGGUUAUCCAGCCUUCGCUGUGCCUCCCCGUGGAGAUACCUAUGGAGCGUUCUGAGAGGAAAUGGACACUGAUGAGCAACGUUGCCAACACAGUUUUGCAAUGUUGACGUUAAAUUGACAGCCAGAUGUAGGAAAAGAUUAAUAGAAUUAUUCAAAUGAUUCAAAUGACCUGGAGUAAGGAUGUGAUUUCAAUAAUACCUAGAAUCUAAUUAGAAUGUAAUUCUGUUCAGCUACUAUACAUGUAUAUAAGUAUACAUUAAGGAUGUAUCUUAAGUUAAGAGAUCUUUUAAAACAAAGCAAAAAAAAAAGCUAUAUAGCCCUUUAAUAUUUUUAUAUUUCUCAGGUAUAAAUUGGCCUUUAUGUUUACAUUGUACUUCAUACUUUUGCCAUACAGGAUACUUGGAUAUUAGAAAAAUAUUGAAGUGUUUUGUGUAAGAUAUGUGUGACUCUUGUAGGUAUAUGUAGUUAAAAGGUAUCCAAUGUUGGACCCUGUAUUUACUGAUGGAGUUCAUGUUUACUAAAUUUCAACACAUCAUUUAGGUCGCCUUGUGCCAACAGCAGAAAUCUGCUAAGGUUUAAUCUAACUGUGAUGCCAAAAAAUAAAAUGUUCCGACAUGAGCAGAUGCUAUGAAAAACAUAUCUAUUUCCAUGUAUAAAGUGAGAAGUAUCUUUCAAGCUUAAAAAACAAGAAGAAAAACUUUAAAAAAAGCUUAAAAGUGCAGCUGCUAAUAUAUUAUUCAAUUAAAUUAGAUACCAAGUUGAGUUUUCUUCAGUAUUUACCACUUUACCAUUUUAAAGGCAGUCAGUUCCUUUUCUCUGUUGCUUUGGCUGUUUCUUUUUCUUUCAUUUUAAACUGGAACAAAACUUUGCUUUAUUGUGUUUAGAAGAGCAUUGAUGUUGUAUUUGUGCUUGGUUAGGUAUUCAGGAAGGUGCCAAAGCAGCAAACAAUGGUAACAGUAUUAAAACACACCCUACAGCGUUCAGAAACUAUUUUUGUACCCAGUUUUAAAAAUAUCAAUGUUUGUACAGAAUGUAACAUUUUCUCUCAGAUACUGAAAUGGUCACGAAAGAAAAUUAUAGAAACUGUUAUCAAAGGAAAAUUAUUGACUAAUAAGUAGAUACAUAAACUGGCACCAUGAAAUUAUAGCAAUACUACUUUGUGUCUGUUUAAUUAUAAGUUAUUAAAGGAAUAUUGUAAAGCCA